CACGGCCACAAUGAAACAAGAUUUUGACCUCGGACGAUUUGAGUCACCGAUAGAAAAUCGGGAUAGACAAUGGUACCUCUGUUAUUACUCGGCCUCCUGUCCACCGCGUUGGCAGCCCCAUUGACUGUUGUUCGAACUUGGAACGGCGGCUGCCAGGGGUCUUUCACAGUUCAUGCCGACCAUGAAGUACACGGCUGGAAGGCCCAUCUCACCUUUACACAACCACUGGAUAAGCUUGACAUUUGGAAAGCUAUUGUGACCUCACACACACCGACAGAAUGGAUCGUUUCAAAUAUGCCGUGGGACCAAGAUCUUAAUUCAGGGGACGACCUUGUUGUUAAUUUCAAUGGUUUACUGGCCGGUGACAAUGGAUGUGCAGGGACAUUUACUAUAGAAGGUGGAUCUGCAGGAACCGCAACAAGCAGUGGAUCCUUACCUACACCCACAGGCGGUAGUUCGGGAAGUGCAACGGUCAGUACUUCAGGUGGUAGCUCUUCCACAAAUCCUGGUGGUAGUGGUGGCACUAUUACACUGGCACAGACAGCUGGUACAACAAGCAGGGGAACAAAUUCGAGUACAAGUGGUGUGCCAGUUUCCCACCUAUGUACUGGUUGUGGCUCUGAUAUGAAAUAUAACUACAGAGAGGCAUUGAGGCUAUCAAUUCUCUUCUAUGACGCCCAGCGGUCCGGGAAACUUCCGGCGAAUAAUCCUAUUCCGUGGCGUGGAGAUUCGAACGUACAUGAUGCAGACGACGGUCACGAUUUGAGCGGAGGAUGGUAUGAUGCCGGUGACCAUGUAAAGUUUAACCUUCCAAUGGCAUGGUCAGCGACAGUGUUACUAUGGGGCAUGCUGGAGUUCAAGGAGGGAUACCUAGCUGCAGGACAGAGAGAUAUGGCCUGCGACAUGAUCAGAACCCCACUUGACUACUUUCUCAAAUGUUGGAUACCCGAUCAACAAAGAAAUUAUGUACAGGUAGGAGACGGACAUCAAGACCAUGCCUACUGGGGACGUCCGGAGACAAUGAACCAAUGGCGCAUCGGCUGGAGAACAGACUCCACAUGCCAUGGAAGUGAUAUUGCUGGAGAAAUGGUUGCUGCAAUGGCCUCUGGUUCUAUGGUGUUUAAAGACAUGUGUUCAGAUUUCAGUUAUGCUGAUAAACUUCUGGAAGCUGCAAAGGGAUUGUACAAGUUUGGCAUGGCCAAUCGCGGGAAAUACUCAGACUGUAUCACUGUAUCCCAGGACUUCUAUGGUUCGGACAGUGAGCAAGACGACAUGGCAGUGGCAGCAGCUUGGAUGUACAAGGCUACUAAGGAUCCUGCCUAUCUGACUGAUGCUAAAUCUUUAUACCAGGGCGACAGUACACCAUGGUCGUUCAGCUGGGAUGGUGCUAAUGUCGAAGCUGGAUUAUUACUGUAUCAACUUACCGGUGACGACAAAUACAAGAUGGAAGUUGAAGCUCUGGUAGGAUCUUUCAUGCCUGGAGGAUCUGUUACCCAGACACCGUGUGGACUGGCCUGGAGGGACAAAUGGGGACCAAAUAGAGAUGCUGCUAAUGUGGCUUUUAUAGCUACAGUAGCAGCUAAGUAUGGCAUGCAUUCUGACGAAUAUAAGAAGUGGGCGUUGUCUCAGAUAAAUUAUCUACUGGGGGAUAAUAAACUUCACAUGAGUUAUGAAAUUGGAUAUGGACAGUACUAUCCCAAGCGCCCCCAUCACAGGGGAAGUUCCUGUGCUACCAAUGGUGUGUGCGUUUGGGGCAAUGCUGACAAUCCAAAUGUCCUUCUUGGCGGUCUGGUAGGAGGCCCCGACGCAGGCGACAACUACAAUGACGACAGGCAAGAUUAUGUCAGGAACGAAGUUGCAUGUGACUACAAUGCUGGCUUUCAGUCAUCGCUAGCUGCACUGUCGUAUUUUGCAGAUAAGAGUGAGCUUCCACCAGCCCCGCCAGCAAAAUGUUAACUGGGUAACAUAUGUAUGAACUGGUUUAUUUGUACAACAACCGCUAAACACAAAAUAAAGAUUUUCAACAA